AUGUGCAACAAGGACUUGGCAUAUAACCAGUUUAGGAGAGUUUAUCUGAAGCGUUUGAACAUGAUGGGUGGCAUUAAAUGUCCUGUUUGUAGCUUUGUGUACGGUACGAAAUGGGAGUUCAACAGACAUCUUAAAAACAAGCAUGGAAUGAAGCUAGUGGAACACGAUGGGGAGACCAAGUGGGAGUUAACUGCUGAAGUUUCUGAAGAAGCAUCCACUCAGUAUCUCCAUAUCACAGAGGCUGGAGAAGAUGUUCAGGGCACUCAAGCGGCAGUAGCUGCAUUGCAAAACCUUAGAUACACUUCUGAGAAUGGUGAAAGACUUGAUCCAACAGCUGUAAACAUCCUGCAGCAAAUCAUUGAGUUGGGCUCGGAAACCCAUGAUGCCACUGCGGUUGCUUCUGUAGUUACCAUGGCACCUGGCACCGUGACAGUGGUAAAGCAGGUAAAAGAAGAGGAGCAAUCGGCCAAUCACACUUUGAUGAUUCAAGAGACACUGCAGCAGGCUUCAGUGGAGCUGUCUGAACAGCAUCACCUGGUAGUCUCGUCAGAUGAAGUGGAAGGAAUUGAGACGGUGACUGUCUAUACGCAGGGUGGAGAGGCUUCAGAAUUCAUCGUUUAUGUUCAGGAAGCUAUGCAGCCUGUAGAAGAACAAACUGUGGAGCAAUCGGUACAGGAGCUCUAG